AUGUUUAACAAAUAAAAAGCUUAGUUUUGUUAAAUUCACAAAUCUUAAAUUUGUAUAGGGUUUUGUGUUUCAAAAAAUUGCCCUUCAAAUCCUUUCUACUGUUAAAAAUGUUUAGAAUAAGAUCAUGAGGAUCAUAAAGAGAGCUGCAAAGAAUUUGGAUAAAUAACCAAGGAUUUCACCGAUUUAAUCAAAGCAAAAAAGAGUCACCUAGACAAGGUAAAAGAAAAAUAAAUUCAAUUGCAAUAAUUAGGCAGAUAUUAAGUUGAUGCAUAUGAAAGACAAAUAGAUGAACUAAGAAACAUUUAAAGAAACUUUUCGAAGAAAAAACAUAGUUCUUUGUCAAAUUAAUAAAUUAAAAUCUUCAAAGAAUAAUAUUGUAUAGAUAGAUAACUUGAUGAUUGUAAAUUUUAAUAAGGUUUAGUGAAUGAGCUAACUUAAAUGGAACAAUUAAUUUAAUCUUUAGAAUUAAUAAAGGAGGAUUGCUUAAAAAAUAGAAGAUACAAAUUAAAAGGUAUUCUUAUCAAAAUCUAUUUUUAGAGAAUAUAAUAAACUGCCUUUCUAUAGGAGGUUGUUGGUGCGUCUAAAUUAUUAUCAUUAUGAUUUUGUUUUAUUUUUUUCUGCUUUUGGCGUUUAUAAUACCUUGGAUGUAUUAUGAAUCUGAGGAGUAACUAAGGUAUUAUUAAGCAAUCCAAAGUAAACCUUUUAUAGAAACAUUCGUAGACUAAACUCAGUAUUUUACUCAAGGUAAUAAAUUUAAUAUUACUUCAGCUAAUGAUUUAUAUCUGAAGGGGGAUUAUAGUUAAGCUAUUAAAUAUUAUAAUAAGGCAAUCGAUUUACAAUAAAUAUAAUAAUGGGAUAAUGCAAUCGGUUUACAAUAGGGUAAUGCAUCCAUUUACUUUCAUAACGGUAGUUGAUAGCAAUUAAAUUAUAGGAAAUGCUCUAGCAAAAUUAUAUUAUUUUGAGCUCGCAGUUUAAAAUUAUAACAAAGCUUUGAAAAUAAAUUCUGAAAAUGAUGCCAUAUAUAUGAAUAAAGGUAUUCAUUGAAUUUCAAAUCAGGGUAUGUGCUAACUAAAUUAAACCGUUUUACUUAANAUUUUGAUAUUCUUGUUAAUGUAAUUUUAGAUUAUAGUAAGUCCAUUUCUAGCAAAUUAUAGGAAAUCAGCGACUGCUCAAUAAUUUAUACAAGCGAAAUGUAUUAUAUCCAAUUUGUCCAUAAGUUAGAGUUGUUAUUUAAACAAAUCAAAAGGCUUGAUUCAAAUUAUUAGGGUGGUGCAAAAGCUGUUUGA